AUAAACAAAUAAUUUUAUUUGUGUUUUUGUGACAGCCUGUGCUGAAAUGGUUUACCCUCAUUCCUACAGAACUGAACAUAGCGAAACCAGAACUACAAACAGUGUGUAUGGAGAGUACUAUGCCCAACAUCAAAGUAAAAAAAUUCCGAUUCAACCUGAACUUCUAAAGAUUAUCCAAUUUAUCGAUUCUCACCGUGGCGGAUUUCUCAAAGAUUUGGCCGAUGCUGUUAUGAUCAAAUCAGUAUCAGGGAAUUUAGAAUACAAAGAUGAUGUACAAAAAAUGAUUGAUUUUACCCAAGACUGGCUUUCCAGACUUGGACUAAAAUAUGAGCGUUUUAACAUUGGGUUUCAUGAACUUGGGGGACAAAAACAUAGACUGCCAACCAUUCUUUUGGCCUCUUUAGGACACGAUCAACGAAAGAAAACGCUUUGCAUUUAUGUACAUUUGGAUGUUAAAGAACCUGAUUCAAGCAAAUGGCACACAGAUCCUUGGACUGUUAACCAAAUCGGUAACUCAAUUUUUGGCUGUGGCGUUGCACAAGGAAAAGCCACUUUAAUUCAUUGGUUUCACAUUAUUGAAGCGUUUCAAAAAACUAAUACUGAAUUUCCGGUUAAUCUAAAAUUUAUUAUUGAGUCAAUGUAUCACUAUGACAGUGUUGGUUUAGCUGAUUUUUUGCCAUUGAGAAAACAUGAUUUUUUUGUCGAUAUUGAUAAUAUAAUAGUUUGUGACUGUGAAUGGAUUGGUGAAAAGCGCCCUUGUAUCAUUUAUGGUACAAUUGGGGUAAUACAUUACGAUAUAUUUGUCGAAAAAGUUUCUGGUUCAAAAACUGAUCCUCGUGAUGACAUGGUUAACAUAUUUAAGGAAAUUGUUGACGACAAAGAACAUAUUUUGAUCCCGCAUUUUGACGAUAUUGUUUCGCAAAUUACUCCAGAAGAAGAGAAGAUGUAUGAGGAUAUUUGUGAUUUUAACAUUGAUGACAUCAGAGAGAAUUUGCCCAGUUUUAAACAAAAGUGGGAUAAAGUAAAACUCUUAAUGCAUUAUUGGAGAUUACCUUCAAUAUCUGUUGGUGAAACGGAAGAAUGUACUUGUGAAAAGAAAGAUGUGGACAUUGUUAAAAGACAUUUUGUUGUAAAAAUAGUUCCACGUCAAAUUAUUAACAGAUCAGUUAAUCUUACAAUAAAUCACAUUAAUAAUGUAGCUAAAAAACUUAAUAUAGAGAAUAAAGUCACUUGCGAGGAGGUUUCUUCAACUAGAUUUUGGCAUGAGAGUGUCGCUAAUCCUAAUUACCAAGCUGCAAGAAGGGCAACAAUUCAAAUUUAUAAAGAAGAUCCGAGCAUGAUUAAACAUGAUAAACCUAUGGUUUUGUUAACUAUCCUUGACAGAGUUCUGGAGAAUAAUAUUCUUCUUCUGCCAUUGGUUACAUGUGGUUCUAAUGCAGGCAUGGAAAAUGAAAAUAUAACUGUCCGAACCUUUUAUGAGAGUACCAAGCUUCUGGCUGCUUAUUUAUUUCAAUUAGCAAAAUCAUAAUAUAUGCAAAAUUAAUUGCGGAAAGCGUUAUUUUAUUGAUUCUUUUCUUUGUUUAUCUGUACAGUCAAACUUCUUUUAAAGAGUUUUUUUAAAGGC